CUCUUGCCUCGUGAAGUUGGUACCGACCGUGCGCGCGCCGCCGCGGCGGCCCCCGCGGACCCCCCGCCGUGGACAGGGCGGGUGGUGGCGUCGCCUGGCGGCCCUGCGCGGGCUCGUGGGGGCGGCCGGGGUCGCAUGAUUUGUGGCGGGGCGCAGAGGAGACAUGCUUCAUUCUUUCAGUUACGUGACUGAUCACCUUGGCUUCUGUGGCACUAUAAAAAACUCGCCGAGCGACUUCGUAGUGACAGAAAUCGAGGUGCCCGAGCACACGCUGAGGGACGGCCGGGCUGAAUCUCUCCCGAAAAUCCGCGAAGCGCCGUUAGAACAAAGUAGCUUGUCUGUGCAGCAGCCCAAAAAGCUGCGAGCAGACCCUGCUGCCCUGUGUGCCAGCCGUGACUGUCGUGGCGCUGUACCCAGCCCUCCCGAGACCCCCCCAGGCCAGGCAGGAGUAGGCUGCUUUACAUCCCGUAACAAAAACCAUUGUGAGAAUGAACCUGAACUGAAAUGUAGCCCCGAGGAAGCCAAUAUAUUGGAUUCCUUGUUAGGCAAGCCCGUGAGUGAGCUGCUUAAUAAAUUUGCUUAUGAGCUGAAGGCUGCUUGGAGCUCGGGGAAUGAUUCCAAUGCCAGCACGUGCGAGUUCUCACUGGGACCUGUACUGGACAAGCAAAAUCGAGCUGGUUUGCACAGUGUCAUUAGACAGGAAUUCCCCUUUUUAGUCACUGUUACAAAAGACAGUGAAAUGAUUGUGAAAGGAAAUGCUGAUUACAGGGAACUCUGUCAGUUAGUGACUGAAAAGGAGGCAAAUGACUUUUUUAAAUUUUUAGAUGCAAAGCUGGAAAAUUCUACAUUUUCUUUUGAGCCUGAUGGAAACAAAGAGCACAGAAAAGCAGUUCACCACUUUAUCAGUAGAAAAUUUGGAAAACUCUUAGAAACAAAGUCUUUCACUGUGGCAAAUGUCAAUGAUCAGCCAAAUAUGUCAAUAAUGGUAAGAUUUAGAGAAAAAAGUUGGUCCAGAAAAAGGCCUACUGGUGGUCCCCGGGAAAACCAAGAUCUUUACACAGCUUUCACCCUUCAGAAAGAAAAUCUGGAAACACUAGAAGCAAUCGGCUUCUUGGCUUCUGAACUUGGCAUCCUUGCUUCAGACUUCAGUUACACUGGCAUCAAAGAUAAGAAGGCUAUUACUUACCAACCUAUGGUUGUGAAGAAGGUGACUCCUGAGAGGUUGAAAGAAAUUGGAAGCAGAAUGGAAAAAAAGGGAAUGAGAAUACACAACAUACAUUCAGCAUGCCAGCACCUUAGACUUGGUCAGCUGAAAGGAAAUCACUUCGAUAUAGUUGUGAGAGAUCUAAAACAUCACAGUCACGACUCUUCUGCAGAUUUGAAAGAGAGAAUAUGUGAAGCAAUAGAAAAAGUUGAGACAAAAGGUUUUGUAAAUUACUAUGGACCUCAACGAUUUGGACAGGGACAAAAUGUUCAAACGGAUCAAAUAGGAUUGGCUUUACUGAAUGAAAAAAUGGUGGAAGCUGUGAAGUUAUUCUUCAUGCCUGAAGAUACUGAUGACACUGUAAACAGGGCAAAAAGAUACUUUCUUCAAACUGAAGAUGCAAAGGGCACGCUUACAAUGCUGCCAGAGUUUAAAGUGAGAGAGAAGAUGAUGCUACGUGCUUUGAAUCGCUAUGGUGUAAACCAUGAAGGUUGUACCAAAGGGUGGCUCAACAUUCCUCAUUCCAUGCGCAUAUUCUAUGUGCAUGCAUACUGCAGUAAAAUUUGGAAUGAAGCAGCAUCAUAUAGGCUGAAGACUUACGGUUCAAAAGUUGUUGAGGGUGAUCUAGUCCUCUCUGAGGAAAACGAUGAAAACUUUUCUGUGGAUGACAAAGUUCACAUAGUCACUGCUUCAGAAGAGUCAGCUAACAAAUAUUCUAUACACCAAGUGGUUCUUCCAGUGGUGGGACACAGUAUCAAGUAUCCUAGUAAUAAAGUUGGGCAAUGGUACCAUGAAAGGCUUUCUAAGGAUGAGCUGCAAAUGUGCAAAUUCAGAGUGUCUCCGUUACAGCUGAAUAUACCUGGAUGCUACAGACCCAUUUUGAAAAAUGUUCAAAAUCUGUCAUAUUUUUUGGAAGGCAGUGAAAAAGCACUCAGAAUUGAAGACAACCAUCUGAAUGAAUCAAAAAUAUCUCUUUAUAUAUCAUUUGACCUCGAUCCUUCGUGUUAUGCAACUGUCUGUCUGAGAGAAAUAAUGAAAUGUGAUUUUUAAGAUUCCAAUUAAUGAAACAUUACAGGAAUAUUAUACUAAUGAUGAUAUUUUAUGUACAAUGCCAACAAAAUGAGAGAGAAUCACAGUUUCAAGCCAGAAGUAGGGAAAAUUAGUAAGAUCGAGAUUCAUACUGAUAGGAAAAGAAAAGACCCAAGAUCCUAAUUCAAAAAAAAAUUCCAAACUAAAUGUGUCUUCGAUGCACUGAAGUAAACAUUGCAAAACUACAUGUAAUGUCAGGCUGGCUUAAUAAAGUUUGACCAGGGGUUGCAAACAUGAUUUUCAUAUUUGCAUAGCCAUCUGACUCGCCAAGUUAAAGCCUGGAAAAAUGUUUGCAGCAAACAAACGUAUCCUUUUGUUUAUUAUCAUUUCUUAAAAGCUGGUUCAUACUUAAUACUGUUCAAGAACAAUAACCAACAGCUAUGUCACAAGAUUACAGCCUACAGUUAUCCAAUUGAAAUGUUGCUGUACUGAAGUUCACUGGAUCUAUUGUGUUUUCAUUAUCCUGAGUCAACAGUGACAAGUCAUCCUAUGGACACUUGGACACAAAUUGUACUAUGGACACAUCCUAUGGGAUACUUGAUAAAGCCUGUAACUUAAGUUACUGCUAACAAUUCCAGAAUUAAUUAGUGCAUGGCUUUUAAUUGGUGCCUGUUCCAGUAAGAUCCUCAAGACCAGGUGUGGGUAUGCAAUUAACAUGAUUGCAAAAGCAUUUUUAAAUAAAAAAUUUGUUUUAUUGUUUACAA